AAAUCACAAGUCCAGAAAAAGCCAACAAAUAUUAUUCUUCACCAUUUUCACCCCUUCCCCUCUCUCUCUUUUUCAAUUACCCCCUUAACUAUACAUAUUACCAAAAAUAAUUGAAUCUCCAUUGGUCAAAACACUCACAAAACCCUCUCUUUCUUCUUCUUCAUCUUCAACUUUCCUUCUCUUUUUAUUUAUUUCUUCUUUUUUUUAAAAAAAAAAUAUUUCUUUUGCUUCCAUGUUUUAGAUUGAAAGUGGGAAGAACUUUGUUGAUCAACCCAAAAAGUACACACACACACCAUAUUUCACAUUUUUCACUUAAUUUCUUCUUCUUCUUCUUCUUCUCAAAGGUUUAAUGUUCUUUUUUAAAUUAUUGAGUCCUUUUUAAUUAGUUAAUUUUAGCUUCCAUUGUUUUUAAUGGCUUCCUCCUUGGAGUUUCCUCAUAAACUCUCUUUCUUUUUACUUCUACCUUUCUUCCUCCUCCUUCUUCUCCUUCUCUGCUUCUUCCCACCAAAUGAUCAAAUCAACCCUUUCUCAUCCAUAUUAUCCAAAAAUCUUUUCCCUUUCCAUUCAUCCAAACAACCCCAGCCACCAUUGUCGCCACCCCAAUCCACCCUUCAAUUUCCUCCCACCACUGCCACUGCCACUGCUCCCUCACAGCCGCAAGAUUACUCCUCCACCCGCAAGAAGAAGAGUGAAAUGAUCGAAGAGGGUUUGGCGGAGGCUCGAGCAGCGAUCCGACUAGCGAUCGUAACCCGAAACUACACGUCGGAAAAGGAGGAGAGUUUCAUACCGAGAGGAAGGGUUUACAGAAACGCAUACGCUUUCCAUCAGAGUCAUAUUGAGAUGAAGAAGAGGUUAAAAAUAUGGACAUACAAAGAAGGAGAGCAGCCAUUGGUGCACGAUGGGCCGAUGAAACACAUAUACUCAAUUGAGGGCCAUUUUAUUGACGAAAUGGACAGUGGAAAGAGCCCAUUUUCGGCCCAUGAACCAGAAGAGGCCCAAGUAUUUUUCUUGCCUAUAAGUAUCGUUUAUAUUGUGGAUUACAUCUACAAGCCCAUUACCACAUACGCACGUGACCGUCUCGUUCGAAUUUUCACGGAUUAUGUGAGGGUGGUAGCUAAUAAGUACCCUUACUGGAACCGUACACGUGGAGCAGAUCAUUUCAUGGUCUCCUGCCAUGAUUGGGCGCCGGAAGUAACAAAAGAAGAUCCUAACCUCUUCAAAUAUUUCAUCAGAGUUCUUUGCAAUGCCAACACAUCCGAAGGCUUCAAUCCAAUGCGAGAUGCAUCCUUGCCCGAGAUUAACUUACCUCCAACUUUCCACCUCAAUCUUCCUCGAUUAGGCCAACCGCCACAGAACCGCUCAAUUCUAGCUUUCUUCGCCGGCGGAGCACACGGAUUCAUCCGCCACAUCCUAAUGCAGCAUUGGAAAGACAAAGACCAUGAAAUCCAAGUCCACGAGUACCUUCCUCCAUCCCAAAACUACACCGAAUUGAUCGAUCGAAGCAAAUUCUGCCUCUGCCCUAGCGGAUACGAAGUUGCAAGCCCUAGGUUAGUGGAAGCGAUCCACGGCGGUUGUGUACCAGUGGUAAUCUCUGAUUAUUACUCCUUGCCGUUCGAUGAUGUGCUGGAUUGGAGCAAAUUCUCGAUGCGGAUUCCGUCUGAGAGGAUUCCGGAGAUCAAGACGAUCUUGAGAGGAGUUUCGAUGAAGAAGUACUUGAAACUACAGCGAGGAGUGAUGAAAGUGCAGAGACAUUUUGAGAUUCAUCGGCCGGCAAAGGCGUUUGAUAUGUUCCAUAUGGUACUUCACUCUGUUUGGCUCAGACGACUCAAUGUAAAGCUUACACAUUGAUUGGGUAAUGGUUUUCCUUCGUGGAAUUAUACCAAUACAUAUACACAGAGAAAAAUAGUUAUUCAAAAUUAAACAAUUAAAAGAAAAGGGAAAUAUGUGAAUUACCAUAGUGCCCCCCAGAAAUGACCCUGCCAAUGCAAAAUUAUGUGGUAUGGUUGUCUUUGCCAAUACUAUUGAAGACUAUAAUAACUAUUUGUUUUCAAUACUUUUAUUCUCUUAGUUAAUGUUACCCUAACCAAAAAUUUAAAAUUCUAAUUUAAUUUAAAAAAUUAGUCGACCAACUUAUGAACACCAA